AAUAGGCAGUAGUAAUUAUUAGUUAUCUCUGUCAGGGCAGUUCGCGAAGUACUUCUUCUUCAUGUCACUCCAUGCUGCAUGCCGGAGCUUUAUAUUUUUUCGAACCGAGGGCAUGCCCCAUAUUUCCAUUAUAUAAAGCGGAAUUACAAAGUUUAACUAAUUGGGCCGGAGCUUUAUACACAUGCAUGCAUGGCGCCGCCGUCGCAGUGCCACAUCAACAGCAACAAUAAUGGCGUCCACCUCAACGGCACCGCGGCCGUCGUCCCGACGGAAACGGAGACGGUGCUGCCGCCGCCACUGCUGGGCUCCCGUCUGCUUGAUGCCGAAGAGUUCAGGCGGCAGGGCCACCAGGUCGUCGACUUCAUCGCGGACUACUACGCCAGCAUGGAAGACUACCCCGUGCACCCCAACGUGACGCCCGGCUUCCUCCGCCGGCAGCUCCCCUCGGACGCGCCGUCGCGCCCCAAGCCCGACGCGUUCGCCGCGGCGCUGCGGGACGUCCACGACCUCAUCCUGCCCGGCGUGACGCACUGGCAGAGCCCGCGACACUUCGCGCACUUCCCGGCGUCGAGCAGCACCGUCGGCGCCCUCGGCGAGGCCCUCGCCGCCGGCAUCAACGUCGUGCCUUUCACGUGGGCCGCCUCGCCGGCCGCCACCGAGCUCGAGAUGGUGGUCGUGGACUGGCUCGGCAAGGCGCUGCACUUGCCCAGGGGCUUGCUGUUCUGCGGCGGUGGCGGGGGCACGCUCCUGGGCACCUCGUGCGAGGCCAUCCUCUGCGCACUCGUCGCCGCGCGGGAGCGGAAGCUCGCGGAGAUCGGCAGCAGGAGGAUCGACGACCUCGUCGUCUACUGCUCCGACCAGACCCACUUCGCGGUCCGCAAGGCCGCGCGCAUCGCCGGCAUCCACCGCGACAACUGCCGCGAGAUCGCGACGUGCCUUGAAGGCAUGUUCGCGCUCUCGCCAGCCGCUCUCCAGGCCGCCAUGCAGGCCGACGUGGACGCCGGGCGUGUCCCGCUCUUCCUGUGCGCGACGGUCGGGACCACUCAGACGACCGCCGUCGACCCUAUCCGGGAGCUGUGCGCCGUCGCGGCGACGCACGGCGUCUGGGUCCACGUGGACGCCGCCUACGCGGGCUCGGCGCUCGUCUGCCCGGAGUUCCGCCACGUGAUGGACGGCGCCGAGGACGUGGACACGUUCAGCAUGAACGCUCACAAGUGGCUCCUGGCCAACAACGACUGCUGCGCGCUGUGGGCGAGGAAGCCGUCGCUGCUCACGGCGGCGCUGGGCACGGAGCAGGAGUACAUCCUCAAGUCCGCGGCGGCGGACGGGCACGACGACGUGGUGGACUACAAGGACUGGUCCAUGACGCUGACCCGGCGAUUCCGCUCGCUGAAGCUGUGGCUCGUGCUCCGUUGCUACGGGGUGGAGGGUCUGAGGGACCACGUCCGAGCUCACGUCGGCAUGGCCGCGUCGUUCGAGAACAUGGUGGCGUCCGAUGCGCGGUUCGAGGUGGUGGUGCCGAGGCUGUUCGCGCUGGUGUGCUUCCGGCUCCUGUCGCCGGAGAAGCUCGGCGGCGAGAAGACGGCCAACGAGCUCAACCGGAGGCUCCUCGAGGAGGUGAACGCGACCAGCUCGGGGCCGUACAUGAGCUCGGCUAUGGUGGGCGGCAUCUACAUGCUGAGGUGCGCCAUCGGGAGCACGCUGACGGAGGAACGCCACGUCCAAGAAGCGUGGAAAGUCGUGCAGGAUCGAGCUGCUUCCCUGCUCCGUAAAAUGGAGAUCAUUUACAGCGUGGUCGCUUAAGCUGGCCUCAUUUCAUUUGUGCUCCGAAUCCUGCAUUAACAAAAAAAAAAAGAGAGAGUAUAUUUUCCUUCCGAUGGCUACGAUAUGAUGUUACGUUGCUCUCGCCUACCUACAUUUAGAGGACAUAUGAAAUUCUCAGCUAGCAUGAGACUUCAUAAACCCUAGGUAAUUCUUAAAAGAUCAAAAUGUAAUAUACUCCCUCCAUCCCAAAUUAUAAGUUAUUUUAAGAAUCUUAGAGAGUCAAAUUAUUUCAAAUUUGACCAAAUUUAUAUGGUAAGAUAGUAAUACUUAUGGUGUCAACUUAGUAUCA